AUGGUUAAAUUCACUGCUUACCUUGUUUUCUUGUUCGCCUUUUUGUUCGUUGUCGCGUCAGCUGACUACGAAAUCACAAACCCCACUGCCCCAACUGUCUGGCAUAAAGGCUCAUUCGCCACUAUCAGAUGGCUUAACCUUGGAAAACCUGACGUCAAGAAAACUGUGAUUGCUUUACGUAAGGGUGAUCCAGCAAAUCUCGAUCACGUCAUGAUCAUAAACCCAAGCAUCAAUGCCAACAAACGUCUCUUCAGAUUCAGAGUUCCAAAGAGUUUGCCAGCUGGUAACGACUACGUUCUCCAAAUUGGUGAAAUCGGUAAACAAGUCUCCUAUAGCCAUCCAUUCACCAUCAGCGACUAA